AUGGAGGGGGCCCCCGCGCCCGAGGACCCCGACCGGCAGGCGCAGGAAUACGUCACCCGACUCCCCCCCGCGCCCCCCCCGCGGCCCCCCCCGGGGCUGAAGCGGCCGCCCCCGGGCGGGGGGGGCGCGGGGGGGCUGCUGGCGCUGCCGCUGGAGCUGCUGCUGGAGAUCUGCGGGUACCUGGGGGCGCGGGAGGUGCGGGGGGUCCUGCCCCGCGUCUGCCGGGCGCUGCGGGAGGUGGCCCGGGACGCCGUGGCCUGGCGGCUCCGUCUGCAGCGCAGCGCCCGCGGCCCCUUCCCCGUCCUGGAAGAGGAGGGGUUCGACUGGUCAGCCGCCUGCGUGGACCUGGAGGAGCAUCUGCAGCGCUGGGAGGGUGGCGGGGCCCCCAUGGAGCACUUCUCCCUGGACGAGGGGCACUUUGCCUCCGUCGAUUCCGUUCUCCUGCUACAGGGAGGGACCCUCUGCGUUUCAGGUGCCCGCGACCGCAAUGUCAACCUGUGGGACCUGCGGCAGCUGGGCCGGGCCCCCGGCAAGGUGCUGGUGAAGGCGCUGGGCACCGAGCGCAACGGGACGCACAAGGGCUGGGUCUGGUGUUUGGCCUCUCGAGACAACAAGGUGUGCUCGGGCUCCUGGGACAGCACGGUGAAGCUGUGGGACCUGGAGACCGAGGGACAGCAGUUUGGGGAGAUCAGGGAGAAGGCAGCUGUGCUGUGCCUCUCCUACCGCCCCGACGUCCUCGUCACCGGGACUUACGACAAGACGGUGACGGUCUACGACCCGCGAGCCGGCCAGGCCCUGGUGCGCAGCUACAAGCCCCACGCCAGCGCCGUCCUCUCCCUGGCGGCCGACGACCGGCUCAUCGUGUCGGGCAGCGAGGACCGGACCCUCGUCGUCUUCGACCGCCGCGCCGACGGCGUCCUCCAGCGGCUGCAGCUGGAAAACUACCUGCUCUCCAUGUCGUACCGGGGAACGCAGCUCUGGGCCGGGGACAACCAGGGCCGGGUGUACGUCUUUGGGAACAGCGCCGGCAGCUUCCAGCCCGCCCGGUACUUCGAUGUGGGGCACCGGCUACAGAUCACGGGGCUCUGGCACUCGCUGGGGUCCCUCUACACCACGUCCACCGACAGGACGCUGCGGAUACACGUCCCUACAGACCCUCCUCGCACCAUCUGCUCCUGGACGCACGACGACGUGCUCAACGGGAUCAGCGUGGAGGGCGACGUGGUGGCAGCCGCCUCUGGAGGCCUCUCCGUCGAGGUGUGGAGGCUCCGGACCUGAUGUGCUGCCGCGGC